AUGGCCGACGAACAUACGCCACUGCUUGCUGUAGUGCAAAUCCGCCCAGCCCGACCACGUUAUCCCCACCAUACCCUCCGCCGUAUCUGUACCAUCCUCCUCUCCUCUGCUCUCCUCCUCGGACUGAUUACUGUCCUGCUUGUGUUGAAUUUUGUCCCCCUCGAUGAUAGCGAUGAAGCAGACUGGGGCGCAUACCUCCCAUGGAAAGCGAGCGAUGUCCCACCAUCGUGGCCGCGGACACAGGGGGUGGAAUACAGGGACUUACAGGACAUCCUCAUGAAUACUCCGGAUGCGGAAAUGGCAAAGAAAUGGAGCAAAUACUAUACUUCGGGGCCGCAUCUGGCUGGCAAGAACCUGAGCCAGGCAAUUUGGACUAAAGAGAAAUGGCAGCAAUUUGGCAUUGAGAACACCCUCAUCGUUGAUUACGACAUAUAUGUGAACUACCCGAAAGGCCAUCGAUUGGCACUGCUAGAGAAGACCGAGAAAUCGAAUAGGGGCGACCCUACCGUGACUAGCGCCGAAGCAACAUGGAAAGUCAAGUACGAAGCGAGUUUGGAGGAGGAUGUGCUGGAGGAGGAUGGCACAAGCGGCCUCCCGGAUCGCAUCCCCACCUUCCACGGGUACAGCGCAUCGGGCAACGUCACUGCGCCAUUCGUUUACUGUAAUUAUGGGACGUUCAAGGAUUUUCAGGAGCUGCAGGCAGCCAACAUCAGCCUGUUAGGCAAAAUCGCGCUGAUUAAGUAUGGCCGGAUAUUCAGGGGUUUAAAGGUCAAGAGGGCUCAGGAGCUUGGGAUGGUUGGAGCGGUCAUCUACAGCGAUCCCGGCGAUGAUGGAGACGUCACCGAUGAAAACGGGAAUACUACAUACCCCGAAGGACCAGCACGGGAGCCAAGCAGCGUGCAGAGAGGCAGCACACAGUUCUUGAGCUUCGCUCCUGGCGAUCCAACGACCCCGGGUUACCCCUCAAAGCCCGGUGUCCCUCGCCAACCCGUCGACCACGCCAUUCCUUCCAUCCCCUCGAUACCCAUAUCCUACCUCGACGCACUCCCUCUUCUCAAGGCCCUCAAUGGCCACGGGCCGAAGGCGUCGUCGUUCAACAAAUACUGGGAGGGUGGAGGAUUGGGAUACAAGAGCGUUGAGUACAACAUCGGGCCUUCGCCGUCUAACGUCGCCCUGAAUCUCGUCAAUGAGCAAGAGUAUGUGACAACGCCGAUGUGGAAUGUCAUCGGCAUCGUAAACGGCAGCAUCGCGGAUGAAGUCGUGGUACUGGGGAACCACCGUGACGCCUGGAUCGCUGGUGGAGCCGGUGACCCGAACAGCGGUUCGGCUGCAUUUAAUGAAGUCAUCCGUGGCUUUGGAAUGGCGCUUGAGGCUGGGUGGAAACCGCUUCGAACUAUUGUUUUUGCAAGCUGGGAUGGUGAAGAAUAUGGACUACUUGGGUCGACCGAAUGGGUUGAGGAAUACCUUCCCUGGCUCCAGCAAGCUACCAUCGCAUACUUGAAUGUCGACGUGGGCACAGUUGGCCCUGAUUUCAAAACCUCGGCAGCACCACUCCUGAACAAGGUGCUCAUAGACACCGUUCAUCUCGUCCAAUCCCCCAACCAGACGACCGCGAACCAAACCGUCGGUGAUGUAUGGAACCACCACAUCUCCACCAUGGGCUCUGGCUCCGACUUCACGGCCUUCCAAGACUUUGCCGGCAUUCCUUCACUCGAUAUGGGCUUCAGCUUUGGCCGCAAGAAUCCGAUCUACCAUUACCAUUCCAACUACGACUCGUUUGAUUGGAUGGAGCGCUUUGGCGACCCUGGCUUUCAUUACCACGCUACCAUCGCUAAGAUCUGGGGUCUAUUAGCCGCGAACCUUAUCGAGACCCCUGUCAUCCAACUAAACGCUACUGACUACAGCAUCGGCCUUGAGAAAUAUGUCGAUUCCGUCAAAGCAAAAGCUAAGGAGAUGAAGUUUGAGAACGAGCCGACGAAAUCACAUUUCCAUUCCCUUGACAAAGCCAUCGCCCGCUUCCAGAGCGUAGCACAAUCGCAUGACGCCCUAGCUGCAAAACUUCUCCAGCAGGCCAUUGACGACGACAUCCCGUGGUGGAAAUGGUGGGAGAGAGUUAAAAUAUACUACGCCAUCCGCCGUGUCAACACCAAAUAUAAAUUGCUCGAACGGCAGUUCUUGUAUGCACCGGGCCUAGAUGAGAGGCCGUGGUUUAAGCACAUAGUCUUUGCGCCCGGAAAGUGGACUGGAUAUGCUGGAGCAACAUUUCCUGGGAUCGUCGAGGCCAUAGAAGAAGGUGAUAAGAACGGUGUGUAUAAGUGGAUUGGGAUUUCGACAGGGAUAGUGGAGAAGGCGGCCGAGUGGCUGGACGAGUAG